AUGUACUUGCAAAUGGCCCUGGUUCAGAAACCAGGUUCGGAAAACUAUUCUGCUUCACCCAUCUUCCCUUUAAUCCGAGCUGGUAUCUUGAACGGUGAUGGAAAAUUCGCGUGUUUCGCAGCAAACUGGUACUACAACCGGCAGUGCUUCCCCAACCGCCCCCUGGAUGCUCCCAAGACGCUCCGAGAAUUAAUCAUUGAGUCCAUCGAAACAAUGUCGGCAACGAGGCUGCGGCAGGCUGUCCAGAAUGGGAGGUUUCCAAAGGAAGCAGCCUUUCAACAGCUUAUGAACGAGGCAAUGUCUAUGAAACUACCAGCCAGACAUUCAAUUACGCCGGAAUUCGGUACCAUUGCUGUCGACUCUCAGGAUCCCAACGCCAAGCCUGUGACUGGUGAGUUGGAUUUUUAUGUCAAUGGUCAGAUGAAGUGGUGCAUUGAAAUGGUUCGACAAUGUGAUGGCAUAGGAGAACACAUGGGUCGCUUCAAGAAAGUCCAGGAUUCAAAGGGUAACAAAGGCAAAUACCGGAAAGUAGAAAUGAAGGAGUACUACGUUGUUGACUGCCGCUCCGCCAAGAAUGGAAGAGGAGCCAGCCUGGAACCCCAUAAAUGCGUUUUGUAUUUUGCAGACGACUUCACAACAUGCACGUGUGCAAUCAAGGGGCAUCCAGAAGUAACGAUAAAUCUACAAAUGUAG